CCCACAUGUUGGUGACUCUCUGAAGGAGGUGACCGCUGGUGUCCGGUCAAGUCUUUACCUGGACGCUCCUCACCUACCUCACUCUAGCUCUCAUCACCUUCCUUCUCUACAGGCUCGCAUUCCAACCCUGGAUAGAUUUCAGGAUAUGACGGAGGUGGGGUGGGGAUGCCUGACGGGAGAAGGGAGAGCGCCCCUAACAGAGAAGAUCCGUGAGGUACAACGUCUCAGGAGGACCGGCAACCUACCGCCCAUAUACCCCAAUGGCUGGUUUGCUGCUGUCGAGUCAAGACAGCUCGCCCGUGGCCAGGUGGUGCCGGUACAAAUGUUCGGGGAGUCUAUGGCAGUGUUCCGUGGCGAGGACGGCGUCGCCCACGUCACAGACGCUUACUGUCCACACAUCGGAGCCAACCUGGCGGUGGGCGGAGUGGUGAAGGGCAACUGUAUUGAGUGUCCCUUCCACGGCUGGCUCUUCAGAGGCUCUGACGGCGCCUGUGUCCACAUACCCUAUUCUGCCAAAGUGCCCAAGACCGCACGAGUUAAGAGAUGGGAGAGCUGUGAGCUGAACGGCUUUGUGUUUGUCUGGCACGACGCUGAGGGUCGCUCGCCUCUGUGGGUGCUGCCAGAGGUCCCAGAAGUUGCUGACGGCUCCUGGAGCUUCCGUGGCCGCACCGUCCACCACGUCCUCGCCCAUAUCCAGGAGAUGCCCGAGAACGGCGCCGACCUGGCCCACCUGGGACACUUGCACGUACCCAGCAUAUUCAAGGGUUCAGACCUCAGACACGUCUUCGCCAACAGCCUGCUACUAGACUUCGCUAAACACUCCUGGAACGGUGAGUGGCAGGUGCGGUCUACCCCUGAGUCCCACAUAGCUGACCUUAGAGUUACACACGCCUUCGCUCUCUUCGGCGGCAAAUUUAAACUCUUUACCAUGACUGUUCGGGCUGAACAGAUCGGGCCGGGUGUUGUCCACCUGCACUUUAACACUGGUCUUGGCUCUGGUGUGCUCGUCCAGACAGUCACACCCAUGGAGGCUCUCAGGCAGAGAGUCGUCCACCAGUUUUACUCCUCAAAGUCCUUCAUCGCCCCUUAUGCCAAGUUCGUCCUAUUAUCGGAGGCCCGACAUUUUGAACGUGACAUAAUGAUCUGGAAUAACAAGCAGUACAUGUCCCAGCCACUGUUAGUGUCAGAAGAUCGCCUCAUCCUCAGAUUCCGUCGAUGGUAUAACCAAUUUUAUUCAGAGAAUAGUCCCAAAUUUACCUUCAAGAAGGAAAAUAUGGAAUGGUAAUUUAUAAUGAAAAUAAACCCAUUAGCUGAUGAUUAGAGUUACCAGGAGUCGCUGUGUGAACGUUUGUUCUGUCCAAGUUCUUUGAUAUACGGGGGUAAAAUUUAGCAAAUUUGAUUAAGUUUUGCCAUGUUUCCUUAUUUGAGUUAGAUACUUGUAAGAGACUUAGCUACACGUGAUCUGUAUGAACAAGGGAAGUGUUAAUUGACGAAUAAGGUAAUCCUGUCGUGAACAUAAUCAUCACGGCCUACAAGUUGAAAUCUCGGCUGCAACACAAGAUUGUCUUGAGGCAAGUGGCAACUUCACACCCAAGACUUCAAAUCCAUGAACAAUGGAUACACAUCAGAUAAUAUCACGAUAAAGACCGGUUAAUACAGUGUAUACUACAUAAGUUGAACGUUAAUUAAUCAAUGAUCGUCAUUUUGAUUUUUCGCUCAAAAUUAGUUUGUAAGGAAAAAAUAAGUAAUCAAAUAAUGAUCGAUCUGUAGAAAUAUACUUCAAUUGAGACUUAACGAAUGUUAUUUUUGUUUUCCCUAGCAAUAUACAGUGCAUGACUAUAUUCAUUUCAUAAAGAAAUGCUGUUCUUAUUGAAGCUUGAGAAAAAGACAGUUUUAUAUGUAAUUUACAUGGAAUAAAUUCUGAGUUAUUUUUGUCAUAAAGAACCUCGGUGAUUUGACUCACAUCAGUCCUUUGUGAUAUUUAUGGUGAAUUAGAUUCAUGUUCAUUAAGUGUUAGUAAUAAUAAGCGGUGAAGUGCUAUUACUAGUUAGUUGUUCAAUGUUGGGAAUAUUCGUGUAGUCAGUUCUUGUUAGUAAAAUAGAGGGAGUUCAUGCCACCUGGUCGACUUGCAUAAUAGAACAGGAAAGCAUUGGGUUCACUGGUGAUGCUGGAGUUGUUUAGUGUACUGUACAAGAGGAUCAGAUAACAUUAAUAUUAUAAUAUCUGCUGUACUUGAAUAAUUGUUGUUUAAACAUUUUUACCUGCUUUAGGCAUUCUGUGGCUUCCAUGGUAAGCUUUCUGCCUUAAACGUUGGUACAUUGUUCCAUAUCCUCUAGACUCGGUAUACGAGCCGCUCAAAGUACUGUAUGAGUUAACCGACAUAUCAGCCCAAAGCCUGAAAAAAUUGCUUUCUGGUGUCCAAAAUUAUUUAAAAUCAAAAUUCAUCCCAAAAAUUUUAAAAUUACUUUCUUUGGCUCCCAUUUUCUUCCUCUUCCUUUCAUAUUGCCUCCUCUCUCCUCACCUUUCUUAUAUAUUAUCGUAUUUUCUUGUUCUGUUACCUAAAUUUGGUUACGUUCCUGCUGUCCUGGAUAUGAAGAUGCCGGGCAAUUUCAGGCCUCUAUUAAAAUCACAUGUGAUCACAGACUGAGAAAAUGAAAUUUUAUGUAGUAUCUCCUCAGAAUAAUUGUGAACCUUUAUUCACUGACGUAAUUUAGUCAACAUGAACUUUACGUUUUCUCAGAGUACAAUCCAAAAUGGCAUAAGUCUCAUCAGUCUUUCCAGAUUUUGUUGUAUUUGUCUUGUUUUAUAUGCCACUAUGUUACGCUCGUCUUUGGUCGAUUAAGUUUACUCCAGCUUGUUCUUACUAUCAGGUGCACUAAAGGUACAAAAUAGCUCUUGAAUUACUAUAACUCAAAGUGUAUGUGCAUGAUAUGAACUGUUUGUUAAUUUUAGUGUUAUCUUUAUUGACCUAUAUUCUUGUUAGUAUAUCUAGAAAGUGAACGUUUAAAACUGCUUGUAGCAUUUUUUUUAUUUCCUAAAAAACAAUAUUAUAUUGUAAAAACAGACGUGCAAAUUAUAAAGAUUAAAUUGCUUGUAAC